AUGAAUUCGGUUGCAACUAUAUUUCCCAGUUCUUAUGCAUUACUUUAUAGGUAUCACAUUACUAAGAAUGUGAGAAGUCGGGUUAAACCCGCGGUAGGGACAGAGCAUAUAGCAGGUAAAGAUGGAAAAUUGGUCAAGGCGGGCGUUAUUGUGGAGAAAAUUAUGGAUGCAUGGAAUGUUAUAAUAAAUGCAUCUACAAAAGAGUUAUAUGCUGAUGUUGUUAUAUAUUUCAGGACGAUAAUGUUGCUCAAAUACUUUACACCCGAACCGAGAUUUCCAGAGCCAAAGAAGCUUGCUCCUUCAAAUGGGCAUCCCGAAGAACCUUCUUCAGUUCCCUCUUCAAAUGGCGUACAACCAGAACCUCAUUCUUCAUAUAAGGUGUUUAAAAAGGGGCUUAUUUGGAGACGGAUCCUGGAAAAAGAAGUCAAAUUCUUGAGUAUCAUCCAAAUGAUCAAGAUGAGUGUAGAAAAAGAUGUUGUUUUUUGUUUGCCUUGUUAUGUGUGUUACAAUGGUACUAGUAAUUCUGCAUUUGUGGUGACUGGUUUUAAAGGUUGGAAUCUAAAGCAUAAGUUGGAUAAACAUGUUGGUGAGAAAACGAAUAGUCAUAAUAAAAAGUGUGUGAAAGCGUGUGAGGAUCUUAUGAAGAAAAAGCAUAGUAUUGAGUUUUCGUAUGCAAAAUAUAGUUCAAAAGAAGUAGAUUAUCUUUUUCGUUUAAAAGCAUCACUUGAGGCUGUCAAAUAUCUUGUUAGAGGCGGAUUGGCAUUUAGGGCACAUAAUGAGGGUAAAAAUUCUAUUUGUAAGGGUCAUUUCCUAGAAUCUGUAGAAGCCUUAGGAAGAAAUAGUGAGAAAAUAGCUGCAGCAAUAACAAGUGGUGGGGGAAAUUGUAAGAUGACUUCUCCUAUUAUUCAAAAAGAACUUGCAAAUGCAUGUGCGGUUGAAACUAUUAAGAAGAUAGUUGGAGAAAUUGGAGAUGGUUUCUUUUGUGUUCUUGUUGAUGAAUUUGGUGAUUGCUCUGGUAAAGAACAAAUGGCUGUUGUAGUGCGGUUUGUUGAUGUUAGAGGGUUUGUUGUAGAAAGAUUUAUCGGCAUUGUUCAUGUUGAGGAUACAAGUGCGAUAUCGCUUAAAGGGGCUCUUGAAUGUUUGUUGUCGGGGUUUGGUUUGUGCAUAUCUAAAAUUCGAGGUCAAGGGUAUGAUGGAGCAAAUAAUAUGCAUGGUCAAUUUGGAGUGUCUCGUAUUGUCACUUUCUUAUGGUCAUCUAACAAAAGACAAGCUCUACUUCGAAAUAAACAAGUUGCUCAUUUUGCAAAUCUAAUUGAAAAAGAAUUGGUGGAAACUGGUACUGGUUUAAAUCAAGAGUUGUCCAUUGCAAGAGCGGGUGAUACACGUUGGGGAUCUCACUUUCGAACUCUUAAUAGGUUGGUUGAUUUGUUUACUCCUAUUAUUGAAGUGUUCGAAGAUUUGAAAAGUGAUAGUCAUUCUAAGGGUGAACCAAAAAGUUUGUUACUUGGGGAUCAAGAUAUUGUGCAUGCCAUGGAACUUGUCCAAAUAUGCAAGAAAAAGUUGCAAGAAUUUAGAGAUGAUGGAUGGGAAACACUUUAUGAGCAAGUUGUGGCUUUUUGUGGUAAUGUUGAAAUUGAUGUGCCUGACAUGGAGUCUCGGUAUGUGAAAGAUAAGAAAUCCAAACGAAUUGCUCCUUUUGUUAUAAAUUUUCAUUAUUUCAAGAAUGAUUGCUUCUUACAUGUCAUAGACGUGGUAUUGAAAGAGUUGAAUGAUUGGUUUACACCUGAAAAUAUUGAGUUUAUCAAUUGUGUUGCUUGCUUGAGUCCUUGUUAUUCAUUUGAAUCAUUUGACGUUAAAUCACUUGUGAGAUUGGCAAGAUUGUACCCAAAUGACUUUGAGGAUCUUACUGAUAAGGAAUUGUCUAAUGAAUUAGAGACUUAUAUAGAGAGUGUCAAGAUGGACGAUCACUUUCCCAAUUUGACUGGCAUCUCGAAACUUUGUAGGACUUUUGUUCGAACAAAGAAGCAUAAGACAUUUAGGUUUGUGUACACACUUGUCAAACUAGCUUUGUCCUUACCGGUGGCCACUGCAAGUGUUAAGCGAGUAUUCUCGGGGAUGAAAUAUGUUAAGAAUGAGUUGAGAAGUAGAAUGGCUAAUCCAUGGCUAAAUGAUUGCUUAGUGACAUUUGUGGAGAAAGAGAUGUUUAAUACAAUCGAUGAUAUGGAUAUCAUCAAACGUUUCCAAGGAAUGAACAAGAGAAGAAUGCAUUUACGAUUAAACUAA